CUCUCCCUCUCUCUCUCUCCUGUCCUGCCAAUCGCCGCCUCAUCCGUCAGCCCGUCCACGCGGAGCUCUGCCCCCACCACCCUCAUUCCCGGCGUCAUUCCUCCUCCGCCGCAAACGAACGCCGAGCCGCGCAGCAGACGACAUGGCUUCAGGAGUAACAGUAAAUGAUGAGGUCAUAAAAGUUUUCAAUGAUAUGAAAGUAAGAAAAUCUUCAACACCGGAAGAAGUCAAGAAGAGAAAGAAAGCAGUGUUGUUCUGUCUCAGUGACGACAAGAAGAAAAUUAUUGUGGAGGAAGGCAAGGAAAUAUUGGUGGGCGACAUUGGUGAAACAGUGGACGACCCAUACACCUCCUUCGUAAAGCUGUUACCGCUGAAUGACUGCCGUUACGGCUUAUAUGAUGCAACAUAUGAAACAAGAGAGUCCAAGAAAGAAGAUCUGGUGUUUAUAUUCUGGGCCCCUGAAAGUGCACCCCUUAAAAGCAAGAUGAUCUAUGCUAGCUCUAAAGAUGCAAUCAAAAAAAAAUUUACAGGCAAGUAUGAAGAUUACUUUGGUUAAGUGAGUCCCUCUUAUCAAUACAGUGCACUGCUGGUUACAUGGGGUCAUAUUGGUGAAAUUGUUGCCGUUUUAAGACAUUUUUGAAUGUGUAAAAGGGAAAAACACAUUAACAGGUUGAAUUUUCCAUACCAGUAAAGGCUGAAGAAUGUAAUUGUUAAUAUGAAUUUUCUUGGUUCCUUUCCAGGUAUUAAACACGAAUGGCAAGUUAAUGGUUUAGAUGAUAUUCAGGAUCGUUCCACACUGGCUCAGAAGUUAGGAGGCAACGUGGUAGUUUCACUUGAAGGAAGACCCUUGUAAAUGGAGUCUUGAAGUGCCAUCUGGAUCUGAGGAGCUUCCAGUUUUGCCUGCCGCUCUGCUGAUAUCAUUUGGUCCCGUUGGAAUAGUUUUAGCCUUUUUUUUUUUUUUUUUUUUCCUUUUUCUUUCUUCUCUCUUCUCCAUGUUAAGGAAGUCUUGGUUUUUGAAGCACACUGCCAGUGAUUGAUUGCCAUUAGACUGUUUAAUCCUGGUAGUUUUUAAAUGUAGGAUCUCAAGGAAUGAUUUCAUCCAUGUUGCCAAAAAGGACACCAUCCCUCAUGCCAGCUCACCCCUCACACAGACAAAAAGGCAAAGAAUACAGAUGGCGUGGUGCGCAUUCCUCGCAGCAAGUACAGUUACGGUUUGCCGUUUACAAACAAGAGUACGCAGCUCUCUAAAGCUGGGAGAUUUUUUUUUUAUUUGUUGGUAGCUUGCAUGGUUGCCGUUUUUCAUUGUUAACACGUCGUAGGGCUCGCCUGCAUACGCGAGAGCUCGUGUUGUACACUAUGCAUCUGAAGCACUUUGUGUCCUAACCUUUUUUUUUUUUAUUUUUUUUUUUUUUUUUGGGAGGGGGUCUAUCCUCUCUGAGAAGGAAUGCCCCUUCAUUUUCUGCAUUUACAGAAUUCCAUCGGUGCGGCUUUCAUUCCUUUACAAACGACGACUCCAAAAGACAUUUUACUAACUGCUUAUGUUGCCUUUUUGUGUGCAUUGAAAUGUUAAUAACAGGGGGUGGCACUUUAAAGAUUAACAGUUGUGAAAAGGAAAAAAAAAAAAACUAUCUGUACAAACAGAGCCUUAAAUGGACAUUUAUUUUUAUUUUCUGAGAUCAUAGAACAGGCCACACUGAAAUAAAACUCGUGGCGGAUAAAGGAAUGCUUACUUUUCUGGUUAUUGCAAGAAUUUGAUUCAUUUCAAAAAUGCAGUACGGUAAUAAAUACAACAUGGCCAAUGUCCUUUCUCAAAGAUCUUAGACAAACAUGGGAUUGGAGGGGGGGUAUGGGGGGGGGUUUGGCUUUCUCUUUAUCCCAACCUGCCUUUUUAAUGUCAUCACAAACCUUCAUUUAGUCUGACUGCAAGCAACAGCUUUGGUUUUAAGGAAGGAAAACCCGUUAAAAAAUAUCUUGGAGUCGAGGUGCGUUCUUUAAAUUUCACAAAUUGAACACGAUGUUGUCGUGUGGGUGCCUCGGGGAGAAGGGAGGGGGUAUACGCCUGGUAACUUUUUCUGUUGAUAACUCACCUUUGUGACAAGAAUGAGGACUGAGAGCAUACGGGCUAUGGUGUGUUUCAGUUUGUAUUUAAUGUUAUUUAUUGUAAGUGGCCAAAGGUGUAUUAGAAUGAUUAAAAUAUCUUAAAACCUGAAA